AUGCCCACAGGCAUCGGGCUCCAGUCAUUGGUGACCAUCAAGGUUGAACCAGGCCUGUUUGAAUGGUUGGCCUGGUAUCAAGACUCAAUGCCAAUCUGGUUCUCCCCAGCCCAAUUUCAUGCCAUGGGCUACAAUAUUGACCUGUCUUACACACCUCUUAUCACUACCUUGGAACUUCAUGACAAAAGUGAAACUUGUGAGCAGUUCUAUAUGCGCAACUUCUUCAUCACUGAGAAGAUCAUCAAAGCAACCCAAACCAUAGGAGGGAACAUCUUGAUGGUUGGUCAUGCAGCAACCUUGGAUACAUGUACUAGGCAAUUGGUUGGUCAUGCACCAAGGGAUGUCAAAGAAUUACAUCGCAUCAUUCAUCGGGUUCCUUACUGCUCUGUGGCAGUAGCUGAAGAGUACGCAGAAGAGAAUGAAGGGGAGAAAAAGUGGCAUCUUGUUGAACCUCCUUUUCCUCCAUUUACCAAUUCAUCUAAUGCUAGGUUUGACUGGAAGAUUUUACUGAUUUAAGUUUCCAAAAUUAUGCUUCUAAAUGCUGCUGUGUUGAUGUGUUGCAUGCAUUUUUUUUUUAAAGAUAUUCAAUCUUCUUUCUUUGGCAUUUUGUGAUAUGCUGAUGUUUGGCUUGUAG